AUGGGACGUCGUAUUCGAGUCCAGCGUAAAGGAAAGAGUGGAAUCUUCAAGGCUCACACUCACCACCGCAAGGGAGCUGCCAAGCUUCGUGCCAUCGACUAUGCCGAACGACAAGGAUACAUCAAGGGCGUCGUAAAGGACAUCAUUCAUGAUCCCGGACGUGGUGCUCCUCUUGCCAUCGUUCACUUCCGCAAUCCAUACCGCUACCAGACGAUCAAGAGCACUUUCAUCGCCGCAGAGGGAAUGCACACUGGCCAAUUUGUCUACUGCGGAAAGAAAGCCCAAGUCCAAAUCGGAAACGUUGUCCCAGUUGGAGAGCUUCCCGAGGGUACCGCCAUUUGCAACAUCGAAGGCAGAACUGGUGAUCGAGGAGUGCUUGCCCGAGCCUCAGGAAACUAUGGAACAGUUGUUGCCCACAACCCUGACACUGGAAAGACCCGUAUCCGCCUUCCAUCUGGAGCCAAGAAAGUCAUCGCUUCCAUCAACAGAGCCAUGAUUGGCCUCGUUGCCGGUGGAGGCAGAACAGAUAAGCCUAUGCUCAAGGCCGGAAACUCGUACCACAAGUACAAGGCGAAGAGACACAGCUGGCCACGAGUACGAGGAGUUGCCAUGAACCCAGUUGAACAUCCCCACGGAGGAGGUAACCAUCAACACAUUGGACAUCCUUCAACCGUUGCUCGUGGAACCAGUGCCGGAAAGAAAGUUGGUCUUAUCGCUGCUCGUCGCACGGGAAGAAUUCGCGGAGGAAAGGCCAUCGCUGCCGGAAAAGACGAGGGAAUU